AUGAAAUUGAAGCACACGUUAACAAUAACAACUUUGGCAACGUUACUAAUAAUUUUAUACCACGUGAAUAGCAACAAAUCGAGUGACGAUGUAGAAAAUUACGAAGAACCAUUGUUCAACACCACAAAUUUGGCGAAAAGCAACAAAAUAUUUAACUUGGACCUAAAAUACAUACAAAACAGUUCAACAUGUGCACAAAACGAAAGUUUCUUGGCGAUUAUUGUGAUCACAUCGUAUUUUGGACACGUGGAGUUACGUAGUGCCAUACGUAGGGCUUUUUCGGAGAAAACGUUAGCCCACAUGGGAUUAAAGCGAGUUUUUCUACUUGGCGAAGCCCCCAGUGAUAAAUACACCAAACAAGAAUCAAUUGUGAAUGAAAAUAGGCGUUUUAACGACAUAAUACAGGGUAACUUUAUAGAGGCUUAUCGUAAUUUAACUUAUAAGCAUUUAAUGGGUUUAAAAUGGGCUACAGAUCAUUGUAAGGCUCAAUUUUUAAUUAAAAUGGAUGAUGAUAUUGUUGUAAAUCUUAGGGCCGUCGUGGAUAUUCUUAAAAAUACAAAAUUUCCACAAAAAUUAUUGGCUGGGUAUAUUUUUAAGGGUAUGAAGCCCAUAAGGCUUAAGGCUAAUAAAUGGUAUGUCACUGAGGAGGAAUAUAAGUACAAUAAUUAUCCUGCAUUUAUUUCUGGGUGGUUUUAUAUAACAAAUAUAAAAACUGGACAACAUUUGGUCUUGUUGUCAAACUAUUAUAAAUAUUUUUGGAUCGAUGAUCUUUUUGUCACUGGAAUUGUCGCCAAUUCGUUAAAAAUUCGUCAUUACGACUUGAGUAAAUAUUUUACCGUUAAUCCCGAGUUUUUGGAAUGUUGCAUAAGGGACGUAAAGAAAAAACUAAGUUGUGAUAUAAUGGUAGGGCCAAACGGAGGUGACAAUAAUUUAUUUUUUAAGUUCAAUGAAGCGCUGAGUUUUUGUUAUGAUAAUAAUUGUAAAAAUAGGAUCAAAUCAUUGAAUGAUACUUGUAUAAGCGAAUAUAAAGUAAACCUAGGUAGAGGAGAGGGUGUAAUUCAAAAUUAUAAAAUAAAAUAA